AUGUCCAUAUGGUAUAUAGACACUACAAUUCAGGCGAGUGUUUCCAUUAUAUCCAAUGUUGUGUUCCGGACUAUUCAAGCGAUCAUAGUGAUGUCGGUGGUUGUCCUCGAGAUCCCCGUGAUGACAUCUCCGCAGACGUUAAUGAUAUUCUUCUGGUCAUUCUGUAAGUCACUCAUUCUCUUCGUCACAGUCCUAGUCUGUCUUCCAUCGAUGCGAAUAUGCGUUGUGUUCGACUUAGUGGAGAAGAUCACACAUCUCUACCUCUCCAUCAUGAUCACAAUUUUGACCUUUGGUCUCAACAAUGUGUAUCUUCUCAAGUCGGUGAUGAUUUUCAUGUCCAUUUUCGACUUGUGGUGCUUCCUCACCUCUGCAAUGAAGAACACCGAGAUGUUCUCGCUUUUCAACGAAUUCGCGCUUAAUGACGAUGACGAAGAAACCUGUGUGUUUUCUUUCUCCUUCCCAUUAAUUCCAUUCAAUUCCGUUCCAAAAUUCCAUUACAAAGAGUGCCCCAUAUGUAUGCAACCGUUCUUAUCAAAACAACCCGUCAAGCUUCUUCCGUGCGGGCAUUAUUUCCACGGCGAGUGCGUCGACUCAUGGACGCAUGAGCACGACAUCUGUCCAUUAUGCAAAGUGUGUUUAAGUUAG